GCUAACAGCCAGAGGACCACAAUGAAGAACCACACAAAGGUGACAGUUUUCAUCCUAGCAGGUUUGACUGAUGACCCGCUGUGGAAAGUUGUCUUAUUCAUCUUCCUGUUUCUUACCUAUCUGCUCAGCAUCACUGGCAAUCUGACCAUCAUCACACUCACCCUGGUGGAUGCUCACCUGAAGACCCCCAUGUAUUUUUUCCUACGAAACUUUUCCUUCUUAGAGAUUUCCUACACUAGUGCAUGCAUCCCCAAAUUGUUUGCUACUAUGGCAACUGGGAACAAAGCCAUAUCUUAUGGUAAUUGUUUAACUCAACUGUUUUUUGCUUUCCUAUUUGGAGCAUCAGAAUUUUACUUGCUGGCAGCCAUGUCCUAUGACCGCUAUGUGGCCAUCUGCAAGCCCCUGCACUAUAUGACCAUCAUGAACAAUAAAGUCUGUAUGCAGUUGGUCCUCAGUUGUUGGAUUGCUGGCUUCCUUGUCAUCUUUCCACCACUCCUGUUAGGCUUGAAUCUUGACUUCUGUGCUUCCAACAUUAUUGAUCAUUUCUACUGUGACACCACUCCUCUCCUGCAGCUUUCCUGCACAGACACGCAGCUCCUGGAGACGAUGGGCUUUGUCUCGGCUUUGGUGACACUCUUACUCACACUGGUAAUGGUGUUAAUUUCCUACACCUACAUUGCCAUGACGAUUCUAAAAAUUCCUUCAACCAGCCAGAGGAAGAAGGCUUUCUCUACAUGUUCUUCUCACAUGAUUGUGAUAUCCCUCUCAUAUGGCAGCUGCAUGUUCAUGUAUGUUAAACCUUCAGUCAAGCAGAGAGUAUCUAUUUCCAAGGGAAUUUCCGUGCUCAACACCUCAGUGGCUCCACUUCUGAAUCCUUUUAUCUACACCUUGAGGAAUCAGCAAGUGAAAAGGGCAUUCGUUAAUACAAUACACAGGAUUGCAUCUUUCUCAAAGAAAUGACUAUACUAUUUCAUUCUAUGAAGGAAAU